GGGCGCCUCGGCCGCCGGGGCGGCCUCGACCGCGGGCCGCCUCGGCUGCCGGAGCGGCCUCAGCCACGGGUGCCUCGGGGUCGCUGUCCGCAUCCAUCUCCUCCUCGGCCACCUUCUCAUCGGCAUCGACCUCCUGCAGAAGACGGUGCGCAUCUCUUCCUCGGCGGCCUCCCGGUCGCUCGUCACCUCCUCCUGCAGGAGCGCCUCCGCCUCGGAGAGGAGGCUGCUCACGGAGGUGUACUCGUCCUCGGUCCGCGCCACGACCUCACCUGGGACUCGGAGUCAGACGACCCAGCGAACAGCAUGUCCUCGGUCCCCUCCUUGUGGAGCGACAGGGAGGAGGCCACAGACGCCAGGGCGAACAGGGAUAAAGACCGCCCUCAUCGCUGCAGCGGAAAGGGUACGGUGUGCAGAUGUAAAGCUAGACUGUGACUACUCUUGAACCAGGACUGGCU